GAGAAUCCGAAUCGAUGCCAAAAGCAAAAAUUUCUCGGAGCGCGUCGGUUCACGCUCUUUGUUUCCUUUCCUGAAAAUCCAACGCGCAACGCGAGAAGCCACCAUUCACCAUUCCUCUCUUCAUGGAGUCGCAGAAGAGGGAGACAGAGAACGAGCCUGGCAACGCUAAAACCCUAGCAUCGGAGGCGGUGACUCCUCUUACCACCGCCGAGCGCGCCGGAACUCCUCCUGCCCCUGCGCUGCCGCCCGUGGUCCGCGAGGAGGGAGAAGCCGAGCCCUCGAGCGCGCAGACUGCCGCCACGUCGGAACCGCUGGCCGCGGCGCCCGCCACCGAUCUCGAGAAGAAGCUCCGCCGGGCGGAGCGCUUCGGGAUGCCCGUCCAGCUCUCGGAGGACGAGAAGCGCUCCGCCCGAGCCCAGCGGUUUGGCACUGGGCCUAUUUCACCUGGCAAAACUGUCGAGGGAAAAUUGGAGGAGCAGAAAAGAAAGGCACGGGCAGAGAGGUUUGGGCUCACAGGAUACUCUCCAGCUGAUGAGGAAGCAAAGAAGAAGGCUCGAUUGGCAAGAUUUACACACAACCCCAAACCUGAUGCUUUGGAAGAAGAAAAAAGAAAGGCAAGAGCAAUCAGGUUUCCAGUCACAUCGAAUUCUUCUCCUCAAACCAAUGGCGAGGCCAAAUCUGAAUCGAACACAACUGUGGCUAGGACUGGAGGAAAGACAUGAGAGCUGAUAUUUCAGAGGUAUGACGCGCUGUCUUGCAAAGAACAUGGUUUGGGUAGUGAUAUACCUAUUUUGUAGGCAAGCAUAGGUGAAUUAUGAUUCAGUAUGCAGAGGGUCUGUACAUUUAGACUGGUUAAAAUGGCUGCUACAUCUUUUCUGAAGCCGAUACUAUGAUGUCUUGAACAAACUGCAUAAUAUGCCUCCAACACGUUUGAUACUUUAUUUCCCCAUCAGUUAUGGUAAAUAUGUCUGGCAGAUUUCCGUGCUUGCUAGUUCUACCGUAUUAAUCCCUAUAAAAUUCAGCAGUAUAUUUCACCUA